CAGCCCCGAGAGCGGCGGGGCGGGUGGGCUGGACGGCGGAACGGCCGCAUCUUUGCCCCUCGGCGCUCCGGUGCCGGUAGCUGUUCGCGGCGCUCAGAUUGUGGAAACCUGAACUGAAGUAUUGUGAGACUUCCAACGUGAGAACUACACCAAAAAUUCUCCAUCAUCUUGUCUUUGACGUGAUCCACUGAUCGGAAUCUGCUUGUUCACAGAUCGGAAAGGAACAGAGAGUUUUCCUUGUUUAACAACCACACAGAGCACCCUAUCAUCUGCUUGAACAGGACAAGUGGUGAAGGAGAGUAGAAAUGGCGGAGGAUAGGAAAGAUGAAGCCAAGGCACCGCACUGGACUUCGGGUCAGCUAACAGAGGCUGCUUCGCACCCACACUCACCUGAAAUUAAGGAACAGAGCAGCGCGGGUGCCGGACUGGUCAGAAGUGCCAAUGGGUUUCCCUACCAAGAGGGUGAGGAGCCUGGGCUGGGCAGCCGGGAGCAGCCGGGGACGUAUGCUCGCAGCAAAGAGAAUGGAAUCAAUGGAGAGCUGUCGGCAGGGGACAGAGAGACAGCAGAAGAAGUGUCUGCAAGGAUAGUGCAAGUAGUAACAGCUGAAGCUGUAGCAGUCCUCAAGGGUGAACAGGAAAAAGAAGCCCAGCACAAAGAUCAGCCUGGACCACUACCUAUAGCAGUCGAAGAGUCAGCCAACCUGCCUCCUUCCCCACCUCCUUCGCCAGCUUCUGAGCAGACUGGAGCUCUGGAGGAAGAAGAAGAACCAGUAGAAAGUCCGAUGGCUGUGGAAGUGAAACCUGCUGCUCUUCCUGGGACGCAACUGGGGAAAGAGCAUGGGCCCACUGAGCCUUCAGAGCAGGCCAAGGGCCUCGAUCCAUUAGACACAAAGCGACAGGAGUCUGGAAAAGACAGUAAGACUGAGCAACCUAAACAUGAUGCCUUAGUUCCACAGCCAGCAAAAACAGAGGCUACAGAUAAAAAGGAUUCACAGAGCAAAGACAGAGAAAAAAUGCCUUCACCUCUAUCAGAACAGAUCUUGGAAACUGAUUCACAGAAGAAAUUGGAAGCCAGUUUUGCAGAACCUCCUGCCAAGCUUCCUAUUUCUCAAGUGCAAAAGGACUUGCCAUCUGAAUUGCCUAAAGGGAGCAAAACAGAAGAAAGGACUGCAGAGAAGCCCUCAUCAUCCAACCAAGUUCUAUCUGUGACAUUUAAAGAUGACCUUAAAGAUGUCCAAGAUCUUGCCGUCAGCCGUGAUGGAAGUUCUCUGUUCACUUCAGAACCCAAGACAGAAGCAGCCAAAAGUGAACUGCCUUCAGACCCAUCUCUUGCUAUCCCCCAGGAUCUUCCCCUCAAAGACAGUGCCAAAAUAAAACCUGAACCUGCUGACCAACUGCUUGCCAAAGAACUUGCUGAAGAUGAACAGGCCCACAGAGGCAUGACCCUAACUCUGCAAGAAGUCUCAACAGUAACUGUAGAUGGCCUGAAAACACCAAGCACACAGAAAAUUCCUGCAUGGGGGCAGGAAAAGGACAUGACCAAGGAUGAGACUGAUGAGGAAGAAAGGUAUGACUUCUAUGAUAAAGGGGAGGCUCGAAUAUUAGAUGAUGCUAAAUUUACCACAAAGACUGAAGUUGAGACACUUCCCCCACACAAAGCAGACUUCCCAAAGGAUGGUGAAACUAAAAUGUCUGAUCUUUUCAAGGCAGAAAAAGAAAUGGACCAAAGUGGGCUCCAACCAACAACAGCUACGAAAAAGGACGUGCAGCCAAGCACAGAGGUGUCCCCUGGCAAAUUAAGCCAUGUGCCGAUCCCUGAGAAAACAACUGAGCACCCUGAUACACCACAGUUAUCCCAAAUAACAGAGAAGAGCCCUGAGGCACCAAGUUCAACCGCUGAUAAGGCUCCUGCUCCAGAGCCUUCUCAAGAGAAAGAUGUUAAAAAAGAAACCAAGGAGGAUAAGGAAGGUGUUUCGGCUACUCAUGAAAUGAAAACAGAAGUGGAUCGAUCGGGAAUGUCCAAGUAUUUUGAAACCUCUGCACUGAAAGAGGAAGCCUUCAAAACAGACACUCUGAAACAAGGCAGCGAUUACUAUGAGCUAAGUGACACUAAAGAGAGUGCGUAUGAGACUUACCAGGCAGAUCGUCUGAUACCUGAAGACAAAGAGGAUGAGGAGGAAGAAUUACAGAUGGAAUUGGAUCAGCAGCAGAGUAUGCCUGCUCGUGAAAUAGGGUACAGUACCCUGGCUCAGAGCUAUACACCAGACAAAUCUGAAGAACCAAGUUCCCCAACAGAAAGAAUGUUCACUAUUGAUCCCAAAGUCUAUGGGGAUAAGCGAGAGCUCCACAGCAAAAAUAAAGAUGACCUAACUCUGAGCAGGAGCCUGGGACUUGGGGGCAGAUCUGCAAUUGAGCAGAGAAGUAUGUCUAUUAACCUGCCCAUGUCCUGCCUGGAUUCUAUAGCUCUGGGAUUUAGCUUUGGCCGUGCACAUGAUCUUUCUCCCCUUGCAUCAGAUAUUCUAACUAACACUAGUGGGAGUAUGGAUGAAGGCGAUGACUACUUGCCAGCAACCACACCAGCAAUGGAGAGGGCCCCUUGUUUCCCCAUUGAUAGCAGAGAAGAAGAUGAGCACACUGAAGAAGAAAAAGCAAUGACAGAAGAAAAAGUCCAGCCUGAGACCUUGGCUGAAUCGCCUUUCCCAGCCAAAGACUAUUACAAAAAUGGUGCUGUCUUGGCUCCUGACCUGCCUGAAAUGUUAGAUUUAGCAGGGACAAGAUCCAGAGUAGCAUCGGUGAGUGCAGAUGCUGAGGUGGCACAAAAGAAGUCGGUUCCUUCUGAUGCUGUGGUGGAAGACAGCAGCACUGCCCUGACAUCUGUGACAGAUGAAAACCAUGUAACUCUAAAAGCUGAAAGUCAGCUAGAAGACUUGGGCUACUGUGUUUUCAAUAAGUACACAGUCCCGCUCCCUUCUCCAGUGCAGGACAGUGAGAAUUUAACAAGUGAAACCUGUCCCUUUUACGAAGGCACAGAUGAAAAAAUGAGACGCAGCCUAGCUCCUGACCUGUCUUUAAUAGAAGUGAAGCUGGCAGCAGCUGAAAAAUCCAAAGAAGAAUUCCUCAGUGAAAAAGACUUGACGCAGCAUGUGACUGGUGAGUCUUUUCUAGCGAGGGACUUCGAGCAGGAGAAAAAAGAGAAGCUCGAUACUGUGUUGGAAAAAAGUGAAGAUCAAGCUGACUUUAAGGAGGGCUAUCCCAUUAAAGAUUCAGAGUCAGAGAAGGCAAAACCUGAGGCAAUCUUAGAAAUGAAAGAGGAAGCCGUGUCUGAUAAAGUUCAUGUCCCCGAUGAUACCACCUACGACAGAAUAUUAGCUACACAGGUAACAGCAGAAAGAGAUGCUAUUUCUUUCUUGAUGGAGAAGGAGAAGGAGAAGACUCUCAGUGUUGUUCCUGAAAUAGCUGAGAUAGAAGCUCCAAUAAAACCAGACUACAAUGCCAUAAAGCAUGAUAUGGAAGUGGCUGCCAGGAGAGCUGACCAAGAAUAUCAGAGUCAGCUAGAUAGUAGGAUCAGUGAGGUUGAUUCUCUCCCUUCAGGGAAGGACAAAGCCCCUGUUAAAAAAACAGAGCCUGAGCCCAAAGAAACUCAACAGAAAGAUCAGAUCAUCUUGUCCAGAGAAGCAAAGGAUGCAGAUUUACUUUCCAAGACCGAGCCUAGUUAUGUGAAGGACAGCACCAAACUGUCUGAAACAGAAAUUAAGGAGAAAGUAGCUAAGCCUGAUCUGGUGCAUCAAGAGGCAGUUGAUAAAGAAGAAUCUUAUGAAUCUAGUGGAGAACAUGAUCAAACCCAAGAAAGUUUGAACGGAGAACCCUUGAAACAGGAGGAUAUCAAAGGAGAAGCUCCAAAACCAUGUGUGUCUGAGGAAGAGGUGUCUACGCAGUUGCCAGCAAAGGAACCUUCCACGGAGCUCCUCCUUCCAAAAGCUGAGCCUCCCCAGGAAGAGCCUGCUGAGAUUCAGAUGGAGAGCAUCCCACAGCCUCCAGAGGAAACUGAAAAGAUUCCUGAUACAGUUGUGAAACCUACAGAGGUCCAAACAUUGCUGCCAUCAGAAGUGACAGCUGAGGCCACAAAAAGAGAAGACCACGAGGAAGAGAAGUUAGGUGGACAAGAAGAGAAAGAAGAGGAUAAACGUCAUCUUGUAUCAGAAGUACCCCCAGAAAUGGACUUUGGGAAACCCACUGAUGAAGAAUUGCUAGCCAAGGUUUGCCCAGAAGCACUGCCUGAACUGAAAGGCAUUAUUGAAUCAGUUGUGACAGUAGAGGAUGACUUUAUCACAGUGGUGCAGACAACAGUUGAUGAGGGCGAAUCUGCUUCUCACAGUGUACGUUUUGCUGCUACCCAGCAGGAAGACAUCGAAGCAGUGGACUCCCAGGCUGAAGAGGAGCUGGAGAUUGAGGAAGUGGUUGACAUUCAAGCUGAGCCGAGGGAGGGCUCCCCAGAAGCUCCUGCUUCACCUGAGAGAGAAGAAAUCUUGCUCACUGACUACAAAACGGAAACGUGUGAUGAUUACAAAGAUGAAACAACAGUUGAUGACUCCAUCAUGGACACAGACAGUCUCUGGGCAGAUACUCAAGAUGAUGAUAGGAGCAUCAUGACUGAACAGUUAGAGACUGUUCCUAAAGAGGAGAAGGCAGAGAGAGAAUUGCGAAGAUCAUCUCUCGAUAAGCAUAAAAAAGAGAAACCUUUUAAAACUGGGAGAGGCAGGAUUUCUACUCCUGAAAGGAAAAUAGCUAAAAAGGAACCUAGCACACUCUCCAGAGAUGAAGUGAGAAGGAAAAAAGCAGUGUAUAAGAAAGCUGAACUUGCUAAAAAAACUGAAGUUCAGGCCCACUCUCCCUCCAGGAAAAUCAUUUUAAAACCUGCUAUCAAAUAUACUAGACCAACUCAUCUCUCCUGUGUUAAACGGAAGCAGACAGCAGCAGUUGGUGAAACAAACCAGGCUCCUGGUGUAUUUAAACAAGCAAAGGAAAAACUCUCAGAUGGAGUAAGCAAGAGUCCUGAAAAGCGUUCCUCUUUACCAAGACCUUCCUCCAUCCUUCCUCCUCGAAGAGCUGUAUCAGGAGAUCGAGACAGGGAGGAGAACUCUCUCUCCCUCACAACAUCCCUCUCUUCAGUACGACGGACCACCCGAUCAGAACCAAUUCGUAGCAGAACAGGAAAAAGUGGAACUUCUACUCCCACUACUCCUGGCUCCACUGCCAUUACUCCAGGGACACCACCAAGCUAUUCUUCCCGUACACCAGGCACUCCAGGGACACCCAGCUACUCCAGAACCCCACAUACUCCUGGAACCCCCAAAUCUGCCAUACUGGUACCUACUGAGAAAAAAGUUGCCAUAAUUCGCACUCCUCCUAAGUCUCCAGCAACUCCAAAGCAGCUGCGAGUUAUUAACCAGCCUCUACCUGACCUCAAGAAUGUCAGGUCCAAAAUUGGAUCAACAGAUAACAUCAAAUACCAGCCUAAAGGGGGGCAGGUACAGAUUGUAACGAAGAAGAUUGACUUGAGUCAUGUGACUUCCAAGUGUGGUUCGCUCAAGAACAUUCACCACAAGCCAGGAGGUGGACGUGUGAAAAUUGAGAGUGUGAAACUGGAUUUCAAAGAGAAAGCUCAGGCUAAAGUUGGUUCACUUGAAAAUGCUCACCACGUACCUGGAGGUGGUAACGUCAAGAUUGACAGCCAGAAACUCAACUUCAGAGAGCACGCUAAAGCCCGUGUCGAUCACGGCGCUGAGAUCAUCACGCAGUCACCAGGCAGGUCCAGCGUGGCUUCUCCACGCAGACUCAGCAAUGUCUCAUCCUCUGGAAGCAUCAACCUGCUUGAAUCACCGCAGCUUGCUACCCUCGCUGAAGAUGUCACGGCAGCCCUCGCCAAGCAGGGCUUAUGAAUCUGCUCAUUUUGCGUUGUAUGAAGUAAUAAUAUUUAGGCAUGAGCUCUUGGCAGGAAUGGGCUCAGAGCAGGUGUUACAUUCAUUUUUACCAUGUCUAAAACUAAGUCACAUCCCAAGACUUGUAGUUACCAUACAGUUAAAAAACAAACAAACAGAUAAAUAUUAAUAGAUGCAGAAAUUGGCCUGAUCUCCAUUUACAACAGGAAGACACUGGCUUUAUAUGGGUAUACAACUGCAGUAUGUUACAUUGGACAAUUAUUGUUGCUCUGCUCUGUCUUGCAUGGAGUACCGUACUACAAUAAAAUGCAUUUUUACCUUUCAUGUGCCUGAAGGCCAUCCACCUCUUUCCGAAGAGCCUUGUUAAUAUCCCAAGUUGCUCAUUUCACUGUUCUGUUGAUAGAUGGGGAAAAAAAAUGAGAAACUGCCCAUUGUAAGUUAUUACAGGUUAGAUUAAGAGUCUGCUUACCAGAAGGAAGGGGCAUAUAGAGAAAUUCAAGUUUAAUUAAUAAAAAAAAAAGUGAUAUUUUGUAUAAAUGAGUAGAACAAAAGUUGAAUUAAGUUAUUAACAUUUUUUUGGACCUGGAUAAUAAUGUCGGUGUAUAGCUGAUAAAGCCAAUAAAUUAUUUAACUAAUAACUAAAACUAUUAGUUGAAAACAUUGAAUCAUGCUUGGGGAAGUGACGUAACAAAGCUUUGAAAGCGAGCACUUCCACCCCAAUGGACUUGUGUCUGAUUAGGAAGUUGGUUAAGCGGCUAGAUCUGUGUAGUCACCAUCAGUUUCACAUCCUUUCCGUCUGUUUGAUACAGUAUUAUACAUAUAUAUUUCUCUGUGGCCAUUUGUGAGACGCCCUCUUCAUAUACUUGAAUAUUCUACUUUAUUCACAGUAUCUGUGUCUCUUGCACCCUUUGGUGUUGCAAUUUUAGGUAUGUAAAAGUAGAUGUUAGCAGGGUUUUUUUUCCCUAUUCAUAAAAAUACAUUUAAAAAAAAAAAGAUGAAAACUUUCAGCAUGAAGUUGCUUUCUGUAACAACUAAAAGCCGUGACCCUGUUUUAGUGCCAGAUGCAAGUCUCUUCUGUGAUGCUAGAAAAAGGAUUCCUUCCCUCCUCCCUCCCUUUCUUCACAAAGAUAUGAUUUUUGUGGGGUCCAGAAGUUUGUAAAACGGUCUCCAAAGAUGGCUGGGUUUGGAUUCUGGAUUUUUUUAAAAUCCAAAAUAGUUUGGCUUUUUUUUUUUUUUUUUUUUUUAAACUCCUGUAGUAACAGCAAAUGUUAAAUUUAUUUAUUUUGUUUUUCUUUUGCUAAAGUUGAAACAAAAAAAAAGUAUUAAGGUGUCGUUUCCACUCCUUCAGUGAUAUCUUAUGUAUACGCUCAGGCACUCAGAUAACAGUGAUAAACAUUACAAGAGAUGCCUGUAAAUUACAGUAUACGAGUAAACAAAUUGAGCUCCCUGCACUGGGUUGCUGUAGUGAUUAAUAAAUAGGGCAUCUUCAAAUCUGAGCAAAGUGGGAUUAUAUUGACUAAUAAAAAGUAUAAGAAAAAGUGUGCAUAACGAGGGCAGAGAUACAGAAACAUCCAAUCUAACGGAGUUACCUGCAAGAGCUCCAGCACUGUCUUAUGGACACUCAGAGAACACUGAAGGUAAUAUGGGAGUAUUACUCAUCGGCAGAUAAUAAUCUGCUGAUGCUAUAUGUACAGUAGACAUUAUGAAAUGACCAGUUUACAUUCUUGCAGAUUGUUUGAUCUUUUUCCUUUUGAAAUCUCUUAACUAAACUUUGCACUGUCAGUUGAGCUAUACUUGAUACAUGUAUUAGGUUAACGUUGUGUGCUGGAAGCUUUUUAUCUGUUCUUUUUGCUCCUUCAUUUCUGUGUGUGCGUGUGUGUGUUGGGUUUUGAACCAAAAAGACUGUAGAGAACAUUCUUAUGUCUGUGAAGGAGGAUUCUAAUAAUUAAUUGCACAGGACUCCACAUGAUUCAGGUUGCAAACGCAUGGUUACUUGGCAGUAAAUCUUCAGUGGACCAAAUGAGGAUUUUGGCUAAGCUGUCACAUAGUAUAAAGACAAAACAAAAUUAUGAAAACUCUAUAAAUUUUACUGGAAACGUUAGCCCAACACACAACAUUUCAGCACUGCAAGAAGCUUUAUCACACUAUAAAAUUCCUAAUACUGUUGGUAAGUCAGUUGUUUUAUACAAAGGACAGUGAGCUUGGAACCAUGCUAAAUGGGUUCUGAUUUCUGCCUUGUAUUUGUUAUACUCUUGUGUAAUCGUAUGAAUUCUCAUGGAAACAAUGUCAGGAGAUAUGCAUUAAAAGCCUCUUCCCAUUUUUUUUCCAGGAAAGCAAACGACAGAAAGAAAAAAAACAAAAACUACUAAAACAGUACCUACAUCACAUUGCUCUGAUCACACAAUUGAUGUAAAUGAGCCUUGCAGUGUGGUUUUUCUUACGCCUUUUGCAAAUGUGGGAGAGUCUAUGGUACUACCGAACCUCAGCUUCUCUGAAGCUGAACACCAGCUAGUGAGAACAGUGUUACUCGAGGUGUUUUUUUUUUUAAUUCUGCUUUUAAAAUUGACAUUCUCUAGGUAAUGAUGUUUAGUUAAUCCACUUACGAGUACAAAGUUAGAGUGGUGUAACGCACCAAGACAUUUAUUUCAUGCAUUAAAAUGAGCUUUCUUGUCUUGAUUCAAGCAAAGACCUUUGUAAUUGUAAUCAUCCCUCCAUAGAAAGAAUCCUAGAACGCUGUGGACUUAGAUGAAGGUAAAAGAAAUUAAGAGUUUGUGCUGUUAAAAAAAAAAAAAAAAAAAAUCCAAAAAGAAAAAGUUGUUACAUGACUCUAGAUGUUCAUUGAAAAAGUUCAUAUUAAUCUUAAUUGAUUGAGAAGAGGGUUGGUUUUUAAAAGAAGAAACUGUUUUGUAAAUACAUAAUGCCCACUUAAACAAGACAGAGCCAGCUUCCUGGAAACUGCAUCCUUUGUUUCUUUUCCACAGGCAUGUUCAGCCAGCAGGUACGUGGGUGUCUGAGACCUGACUUUGUAACAGAGCAGAGAUAAUCCAGAUAAAUGGAACAGCAAAAGAUGGGAUGGCUAGGGGAGAGCCCCUAAUUAAUAAUCUGUAAUGGUAUAGAGACAAAAGAAAGGGGCUUCUGCCCCAUCCGCAGACUCCUGUUUCUGUGUAACCACAAGCAGAAAGAAAUCCAAAGUGAGCAAACCUCUGUCCAGCACCAAUAAGGGAAAAAACUAAUACCGAUGAGGAUAAUUCUGUGCCCGUUAGGGCCAUGUAUAUUUUCACUGUACAGCAGUAAAUGGUAUCAUCCAUUCAGUGCUAUGCUAAGGUACAGUAGUAACCUCAUCGUGGCUGCUUACAAAUAGAUGCUUGCCUAUCUACACGACCCAAGGGAGUCUGAAGGCAGCCUGUGUGUGCUACCACACGUGAGCAGCAGUUUUUGCCACGCUGGACCAAACACCGUUCCAUACCCAAAGUACUCAUGUCCCUUCAAAGGCAAACGCCUUGAAGAGUUGAUGACGUUCGCUAUGAGAGCCGAAGCAGGUAGUCUAGCCUAGGUGUGUAGAGUUCAUUGCUUGUCAGACCGCUAAAGCAAUUCCCGCUGCAACUCAAUUCCCACUGCAGGAAAGUAAAUGAGUUUCACACUUGGAAAAAUCAAGAAUAUAAAAGCCACUUCAACUUUAGCAAAGAGAAAAAGCCAAUGAAUGAACAUGCUGUAUGCUGGGAUUUCAAGGAAUGCAGUCUGCUGUUACAAACCUGUGUUUUUUCUGAUAAUUCUAGAGCCUCUUACCAUAAAAAGAGGCAUUUCUUGAAUGGCUGGUGGUAGGUAGUUCAUGUUUUUCAAUCCGAUUUGCAAUUGUAUUUGUUGCUGUAUAGUGAUUGUUUUGCAAAAUAAAAUCGCUUGUCAUCUAC